GCAUGUACGGUGUCAAAAAGCGCGGGAAAUCCAUCCACGAGUAAUCGAUCACUCGAAGCGCGCGCGCAGAGAGAGAGAGAGAGAGAGAGAGAGAGAGAGAGAUGGAAGACGAGGAAUUGGAGGUGCAAAAGGCGCGAUUGCUGAGCUUAGCCCUCGAAUUCGGAUUCGACGAAGAGUCCUCCAAGAAGUGCUUGGAUCGUCUUGUUCAUCUCUACGGCGAUGAUGGGCGAGAUUUCAUCAGUGUGGAGCACUGUGGUGAUGAUUUUCUUGCGGCACUUGGUGAAUCUAUGCAAGACAGUGAGGACUGGGAUGAUUUACAAGCCAUGGAAUCAGAGGCUUGUGGAACUUUGGCCGAUAUAUUUGACAAGGAUAUCAUCAACAAUUUCGAAGAUGCUAGUAAUGUGAAAGCAAGAAGCAAGAAGCAUGUCAUGGAAAAUUCUGCCAAGUCUGAGAAGCAACGCAAUUUGGUGCUAUUGGAUUCUUCAAGUGACAGUGAAGACUUGGAUUUCAUAACUCCGAGUAAAAGGAAUAUUGGAUCAACCCCUUCCUGCUGUACUGAAAGGAGCGGGCAUUCCCUAACUCAAAGUGUGCAUAGACAUCCAUCAAAAUCUGUGGAUUGUAGAAGCAGCAUCACUCAAAAUUCAGUUUCCAGCAAAACAAUUGGCUCCAGGAUAUCAAAUGAUGAAAAAGAAACUCUUAGCUAUGAAGAAUUACAGGCUUUGGAUGACGUUGAGUUGGCAAAUGUUGUAAUAUUUGGUAACCUGGCUUUUCGUCCCUUGCAACAUCAGGCUUGUAAAGCAGCCUUGGCAAAGCAGGACUGCUUUAUUCUGAUGCCCACCGGAGGUGGUAAAAGUCUAUGUUAUCAGCUUCCAGCUACUCUGCAACAGGGUGUUACAGUUGUUAUAUCGCCCCUGCUUUCCCUCAUUCAGGAUCAGAUAAUUACGCUGAACCUCAAGUUUGGAAUACCAGCAACGUUCUUAAAUUCUCAACAAACACCUUCCCAAGCAGCUGCUGUCCUUCAAGAGUUAAGGAAAGAUAAACCUUCAUGCAAACUCUUGUAUGUAACUCCUGAAAGGAUUGCUGGAAAUGUGUCAUUCCAAGAGAUCCUCAAAUGCCUGCAUCGGAAAGGACAACUAGCUGGAUUUGUUGUUGAUGAAGCACACUGCGUGAGUCAAUGGGGGCAUGAUUUUCGUCCAGAUUAUCGGGGUCUAGGAUGUCUUAAGCAGAACUUUCCAGAUGUUCCAGUGAUGGCUUUGACCGCCACUGCAACGCAUUCAGUUCGUCAGGACAUCUUAAAUGCUUUAAGAAUCCCCUGCGCUCUCGUCCUUGAGACAAGCUUUGAUAGACCAAACUUGAAGUAUGAAGUGAUCGGGAAGACCCAACAAGCGUUAAAACAGCUUGGAGAGCUCUUAAAUGGCCGUUUUAAGAAUUUGUGUGGAAUUGUGUAUUGCCUUUCAAAAAGCGAAUGUGUGGAGGUCUCAAAACAUUUGAACGAGAAAUGUAAGAUAAAAUCAGCGUAUUAUCAUGCUGGUUUAGGUGCUCGGCAGAGAGUAGCUGUCCAGAAAAAAUGGCAUAUGGGAGAGGUCCAUGUUGUGUGUGCAACUAUUGCCUUUGGCAUGGGGAUAGACAAAGCUGAUGUUCGAUUUGUUGUGCAUAAUUCCUUAUCAAAAUCAAUUGAAAGCUAUUAUCAAGAGUCUGGAAGGGCAGGGCGAGACAAUCUUCCUGCAGUCUGCAUUGUACUAUAUCAGAAAAAGGAUUUCAGUCGAGUUGUAUGUAUGCUAAGAAGUGGACAAAGGUACAAAAGCCAAAGCUUUAAGACAGCCAUGGAACAUGCUCGGGAAAUGCAACAGUACUGCGAACUUAAGGGGGAAUGCCGGAGACAAACCUUACUUAAACACUUUGGAGAGUCCUUUGACCGACACGCUUGCAAAUAUGGUUCGAAUCCCUGUGAUAACUGCCUUAAAGCUUCUGUGUGAGAGGAUGCACAUUUCCAUAGUGGUAAAGCUCUGAUACUCUUUAUUGCGGGAUGGCUCAAUUUUAUUCAAGCCAGUGCUUCUUGGAGGUAGCAGUAGGGAGGAUGCUAUAUUCUCUCACCAGGUUUGCAGUUGGUCCAACUUGUUUGUUAUUUGAACUACUCCUGAACUAAGUUUUCUCCUUCUGAGAUGCCUCCACAUAGAAAUUCCGAAUAGUAGAACCUUAGUUUAUUUGUGAGGUUGGCAACAUGUUCGAAAUUUUAAUCUUUUAGAUUGAACUGAACCUUUUUUUAUUUCAUUUACUUUGAUCUUACUGUUGAUAACUUAAUUAUAGUUUGAUUUAUGAUAUACAGUAUUUUUGAAGGAGAAGACUAGAUCAGAUACAGUAAUGUUUAAGAUCAAUUUAAAACUGGUUUAAUA